CAUGUCUGUUACUGAUUUAGUGGCGGCGUUCGGCCCCAAGGCCAACGAUGCGGAAAUCCUUGCCAAAUGCGAAAACUUGAUGAAAAUCUACACGCUUUCCGCGGACGACCUCUUUGUGAAGUGGGAGUCGUACUGUGUGAACAACUCGUCUGUGGACGAUGAAACCGAGCUUAGCGCUGCCAACUUGGAUCUCCUCCAGAGCUACAUCCAACAAGGGUUGGAAAAAACGCUCCAUUCAGCGUCCAAACCAAAGAUGAUGAUGCGUCCCGCGUCUAGCCCGAGCCAGUUGUUUGACUUCCCGGCGACGCCUACUUCGGUAAAGAAGCGCAGACUCGAGUCGCCGCUCAAGAAAGAGGCGCCAAACACGCCGUUAAAGACGCCCCAGGGCCUGAACUUGAACUCGUCGCCGACAAAAAUGGAGCCAACAACGCCAACCCCCCACAGCGACUCAGGAAAAACCAUCGAGACAUUGAACCCAGAAAUCCCCGUGGCCGAGGGGGCGAGCCUUGAAACGGUCCAGGUGAAGCUUGCGCCGCAGUUUGACGCGGAAAAGUACCGUUUCCGUACGAUGAGGCAGAAGUUGCUUGAAGCUGCGGACGUGCUCGACGACCAGAUCGACACGUUUGCGCAGAUUGUCCAAGAGGCGCAUGCGAUUUCCACCGACGAGUUCCACAGCCCGUGCGUUGCGUCGCAGUUCGAUAUUGUGUGCGUCGGCCGGAUGGUGCCGGACCUGCCACUUACUGACGCGGUCCAGCUCAACAGUUCGUCGUUCUUCCUUGAAACAUCUAGAUUAUCGGGGAUUGGCCAGCGCGUGGCGCUUGACCUCACUCAGGUUCCAGACUAUACGUUUUUUCCGGGCCAGAUCGUUGCGUUCCGCGGAAAAAACCCCACGGGCGAGGCGUUUGUGGUGGCAUCGGUGUUGGAGUUGCCGUACCUCGGGGCGCCGGCAUGCCGUGCGCAGGACUUUGCGGAAUCGCUCGCGUUAAACGACAAAGCACUCAAGGUGGUGGUGUGCGCCGGGCCGUACACAACGACAAAAGACUUUGAUUUCGUGUACUUGCGCGCGUUGGUGGAGAAGCUCAACAACGAGAUCCGCCCUCACACGGUCAUUUUCCUCGGACCGUUUAUCGACAUAACCCAUCCGAAAAUCGCCGACGGGUCUAUUGAGGUUGCAGAUGCAAAGCUAGCCCCCAGUACCCUUGACGACGUGUUCCGGCUCGUGGUAUCGCCGAUACUCCGCAGCCUUCAUCCCAAGAUCCAGGCGAUCGUGAUACCGUCGACUCGAGAUGCAGCCAGCAAGCACAGCGCGUAUCCCCAGGACUCUCUCGACAAGAAGCUGUUGCAGCUUGCGCAGAAGAACAUCAAGUGCUACCCGAACCCGGCGCAUUUCACCAUGAACGAGAUCCACGUGGGGGUGUCCAACAACGAUGUAUUCCGCGACUUAAAAGACGUCGUGCACGGGAAGUUUGUCUCCCAGAACCGGUUUGAAAGGGUCGCUACCCAGGUCAUCGAGCAACGUCGUUACUACCCAGUGUUUCCCGGGGGCACAAAGACCCGAGUGGAGGAGGGCGUCGUGGAGCACAUUUCCGGGGCAGACUUGGACAUGCCAUACAUGGGCUUGAGCGAGAUGGGCGAGGUGACCCCCGACAUUUUGAUCAUUCCAUCGGAGUUGCGUUUUUUCGCCAAGGUGAUUAAAAGUGUCGUGGUUAUCAACCCCGGCUGUUUCAUGCGUCCCAGCUCUGCUGGCUCCUACGCCGUGGUCAGCAUCAACCCACCAGUGGAGGGUGAGGUCGAAAAGGUUGGCACGGAAAUUAACGAGGAUACCCGGCAAGAGGAGGGUUUGUACGUGCUGAAUGUGUGGAAGCGUAUCCGAGUGGAUAUCGUCAAAACAUAACGAGGACCUGUUGAAGGGUGCAAGAGUGACUACCUGCGUUAAAAGAUAAGGUCUAGAGGAACAUGGCUUGGGAGUGUAUUUGAUAGUAAAAUAGAUGCCGAUUAAUCGACAGCACGUUACACUUGGUAUUGACAAUCAAGACAUUGGCCUUGUGUACUAAAUAUAAGGUUACCAUUAGGACCGAGAUUUGUGGAUGUGCCACCUAUAGAUGUGCUUAGAUUCAAGCCAGAC